GGCUCGCAGGCCUCGGCCGCGGCCGCCACGGCGGAGCUGCUGAAGCGGCAGGAGGAGCUGAACCGGAAAGCGGAGGAGCUGGACCGGCGGGAGCGGGAGCUGCAGAACGCGGCCCUCGGCGGGGCACAGACGAGGCUCAACAACUGGCCCCCGCUGCCGUCCUUCUGCCCGGUGAAGCCCUGCUUCUACCAGGACAUCCCCGUGGAGAUCCCGGCUGACUUCCAGAAGACCGUUACCACCAUGUACUACCUCUGGAUGGCCAGCACCAUUACCCUCUUCCUGAACUUCGUGGCCUCGCUGGCGUGGUUCUGCGUGGAUCCCUCGGCCGGGUCCGGGUUUGGCCUCUCCAUCCUCUGGGCUCUGCUCUACACGCCCUGUUCCUUUGUCUGCUGGUACCGGCCCAUGUACAAAGCUUUCAGGAGCGACAGUUCCUUCAACUUCUUUGUCUUCUUCUUCGUGUUCUUUGCCCAGAAUGUGAUGUACGUGCUGCAGGCCAUCGGCAUCCCAAACUGGGGAUUCAGUGGCUGGAUCCUGAGCCUGAUAGCGCUGCGGACGAACACGGCCGUGGCCGUGAUAAUGAUCCUGGUGGCCUUGUCCUUCACGGCGGUGGCUGUGCUGGGCAUCAUUAUGCUGAAAAAGAUCCACUCCCUGUACCGCCGGACGGGUGCCAGCUUCCAGAAGGCACAGGAGGAGUUCGCGGCCGGGGUGUUCUCCAACCAGGCCGUGCGCACGGCCGCGGCCAACGCCGCCGCCGGUGCCGCCACCAGCGCCUUCCGCGCGCCGUAGCCGGGCGGGCGCCGGCCCUGCCUCCCCGGCGCACGCGGGGGGCUCUUCCCGGGGAAGAGGAGAACCCGAGCUGCACUUUCACUGGAUCCCCCGCGCCUGCAUCGGCUGUCAGAGGCUGCCUCAUCCCGGCUUGGAAGUGCUGGUGCCUGAAUCGUCUGCUGCUCGAGACCCCUUUUCUUCCCCCCACUCACGGACAGAGGCUGUUCCUGGUUUGUGCUGGUCCCCCUCAGCGGAG